GAGUAACUAUUUCAACGCCGAAAAAAAAAAAAAAAAAAAAAAAAAACUCCUACGGUAAGGACAGAGGAAAUGAAGCCACAUCUUGACAUCAACUUCAUCGUCCUGCUGCCAUCUGCAGUUCUGCCAACAGCCCGGCGCUGGGCCCGGAAACGCCAGAAACAGGUCAAAACAACUGCGCUGAUGACUAUGGCCUGGCUCAUCUGUGCCAUCAACGACACUGGUGGCUGCGAUCGUCUCCAACGGAAACAUCGCCUCCACAGAGAUCGCUCUGCGGCGAGAAACCGUCUCCAACACGGGCACUACUACACGAUAUGUUCGUGGACCAUUCGACAAACAUGGAAGUCUCGCUUCCUGCUUCCGUCCCAGGACCAUCACAGCAGGCAUAUAAUGCCAGUGCAACGGAAUAGCAGGCAUAUUAUAGCACAGCGGUUUUGGAUGGUCGCACCCAUCUGCUUUGCGGGUGGCAUCUCCACUGCCCAGAAGCAGGCAAAGGCAAGCCUAAGCGACAGGUGCCGCGCUGCAGCGCGACGUUCUCCAUCUGUAGCUCCACCUCCUCGACUCCGCAGCAAUUGCCCGUAAGAGAAAGGAUAAGCCCCAGCUGAUGCUGCCGAUCCGGUUUGGCUCCGAUACCUCCAACCGACCCCAGGUUUUCUUUUCUGAUGAGCUGCCAGCGGUGACCAGCACUCCAUCAGCACCAUGGCUCCAUGUGGUGCUUGGGGCCCCUUUUCGGGGGAGACUCUGGCCCCUGCAACCACUGCCAAGCGCUAUCGACAGGGAUGAUAACAGUUUACAGAACCGCCAAUGCCUUCUCCGCAGCUUCUAGCGCCCCCAAUGGUCCAGUCCGAGG